AGCAGGGCAAUAGCUUUUAACUUCUAUCGGGCCUGGGCUCAUCGGAAGACGCGGUGGCUGUGCCUUCCUGCGCUGCACUAAGAUUGGAAAGAUCGGUGGGCACUUCACAGGAAUGACGGCGACGGCGACGGCGACGGCCAUGGCGGCGAACACGUCGUGGAACCUGCUGACGAGCCGGGGCGGCGGCGGCGGCGGCGGAGGAGGAGGGAGGACCGUGCUGAUUACGGGAGUGAGCAAAGGCCUCGGCCAGGCCCUCGCCCUCGAGCUCGCCAAGCGCGGCCACUCCAUCAUCGGCUGCUCCCGCUCCCAAGACAAGCUCGACUCCCUCCGCUCCCUCCUCUCUCCCUCCGACGCCGCCGAUUCCCCUCACCUUCUCCUCAACGUCGACGUCAGAUCGAACAGCAGCGUCGAGGAGCUCGCGCGCGCGGUCAUGGACAAGAAGGGCGUUCCUGACAUCAUAGUCAACAAUGCCGGGACCAUCAACAAGAACAACAAGAUUUGGGAGGUCCCGGUGGAUGAGUUCGACGCCGUCAUCGACACCAAUGUCAAAGGCAUCGCCAACAUGCUGCGUCACUUUCUCCCUCCCAUGAUUCAGCGCAAGCAUGGCAUCGUCGUCAACAUGUCUUCCGGCUGGGGCAGGUCCGGCGCUGCUCUGGUUGCCCCUUAUUGUGCAUCGAAAUGGGCAGUUGAGGGCUUGACCAAAUCUGUUGCAAAGGAAUUGCCUGAUGGGAUGGCAGUUGUCGCGCUUAAUCCCGGCGUGAUAAACACUGAUAUGCUGACUUCCUGCUUUGGCAAUUCAGCUUCCUUGUAUCAGGCACCUGAUGCAUGGGCUGUGAAGGCUGCUGCUAUGAUACUGAAUCUUACAGGGGCAGACAAUGGUGCAUCCCUUACUGUGUGAGGGAAUUAUUUACAAUCGACAAUUUUGCAUCAACCUCGGAAGAUGACAAGGUCAGUUGAAUCCGCUGGUGCAGCCCGAUAGACCUGCCAAUCUUGAAACUAGUCAUCGGUUUAUCCUCACUCGUCGGACAAUUUGCCAGUCGGUAGCGAGGCCAUAAUUCUCAUUAGCUUGUAAUUGUAAAAACAAGACUUAUGUCACUCCUCUUUAAUUUGGUUUGAGGGAGUACCUAUGUGAGCAUGAGAAAUUUACUUGCCAUUUUAUACGGUUGUUAA